AUGACUCCUUUAAAACUAAACUUUCAGGAGAAAUUAAUAAAAAUGGUCUCAAAAGUUUGACUUUUGAGUUUUAUAGUUCUUACUAUUUCAGCUCAUGAGGAAUCAUCUGAAAAACUACUUGGAGAUACAGAUGGAACUUGGUCACUUAUGGGCUUCUCUGGGUGGGCAGGCGAAAUCUUAAUGAACCCUUUAACUGGGUCAUCUUAUUUCUAUUGGUUUUUCCAAGCAAUUGAAGGAAAUGCUACAUCAGAUACACGACCACUUAUUAUUUGGCUUCAAGGAGGUCCAGGAUGUUCAGGUAAUUAUGGAAUGCUGUUUGAAAAUAUUGCUCCAUUUACAGUCAAUAAUAAAUCAGAGCCUAUCCCAAACCCUUAUACAUGGGCUAGCGAUUUUCAUGUAAUGACAAUUGAUCACCCUCUUGGUGCUGGAUUCUCUGUUGCUAAAGCAUCUUACGAUAUGAAAAACACCACAGCAGGCUCCACUCAGCAGCUUUACAACUUACUCGUAAAGCUCAAUACAAAAUAUCCAUGGAUGUUUAAUCGUCCUUUGUUUAUUUUCGGAGAAAGUUUUGGAGGCCACUGGAUACCUGCAAUUGCCUACACUAUUUUGAUGAACAAUAACAACCCUGUUUCCUCUCAAAUAGCUCAUUUUAACUUGCAAGGAAUUGGUGUUGGCGAUCCUUGGACAGAUCCAAUUACUCAAAGCCAAAAAUACUCAGCUUUUUCAGUAGCAACUGGGCUUCUCAACCAAGAAGAGCUUGAAAUUAUCCAGACAUAUGAAGCGCAAGUUCUCAAUGAAAUUAAUACAGCUGAAUGGGAUGAUGCAGAAAAUGAUUGGACUUCUAUAACUGACUUGAUUGUGAACUACGCUGGAGGAAUUAAUGUUUACAAUAUAAGGAGCUAUGAAACUAACUACAAUAUUCACGGAAUUCCUGCAUGGCUCGACUCAGAAUCCACAAAAAAUUUGCUGCAUGUUCCUCAAAACCUGCAUUGGGUUGACUGCAGCAAUUCUGUAUAUAAUGCUAUGACUGUUGACAUUAUGAACACAGCAAUUCACUAUUUACCAUUUGUAAUUGAUACGAUCCCUGUUAUGAUUUACAAUGGGCAAGACGAUUUAAUCGUCAAUAUUUUGUCAACUGAAGCUAUGGUCGCUAAUAUAAAUUGGCCAGGAAUACCUUAUUUCCAAUAUUCUCCAAAGGUGCUAUGGACUGUUAAUGGAAUGGUGGCAGGAUUUGCACAGACCUAUGAAAAUUUCAGCUUUGUGGUCGUUUUGAAAUCAGGGCAUAUGGUGCCUCAUGACCAGCCUAUAAAUGCACGAGACUUAGUUUAUAGAUUUGUGAAUGGUGAAGGAUGGAGCUAA